AUGGCGCCAGCCGGGGGAGGAAACAUCAAGGUGGUGGUGAGAGUGCGGCCGUUCAAUGGCAGAGAAAUCGACCGCGGAUCAAAAUGUAUCGUGGAUAUGCAAGGGAACCAGACCGUCAUCACGCCGCCAGAGGGUCAUUCGGUUAAAGGGACCAAAGACAGUGCUCCAAAGGCUUUUGCGUUUGACAGGUCGUACUGGUCUUUCAACAAGGACGCCCCCAACUAUGCGGGGCAGCACAAUCUCUUUGAGGACUUGGGCGCACCGCUCUUGGACAACGCCUUUGAGGGCUACAACAACUGUAUUUUCGCCUAUGGCCAAACCGGUUCUGGAAAGUCAUACUCCAUGAUGGGUUAUGGCAAGGAAAUCGGCAUCAUUCCCAUGAUUUGCCAAGAAAUGUUUCAGCGGAUCGAUAAGAUACAAGGAGACAAAUCGAACAAAUGCACCGUCGAAGUAUCAUACCUGGAAAUCUACAAUGAGCGAGUCCGCGACCUGCUCAACCCAUCGACAAAGGGCAACUUGAAAGUUCGAGAACACCCGUCCACUGGUCCAUACGUCGAGGAUCUCGCCAAGCUUGUUGUGACGAGUUUCCAGGAAAUCGAAAACCUCAUGGACGAAGGAAACAAGGCCAGAACCGUUGCUGCAACCAACAUGAACGAAACCUCCAGUCGAAGUCAUGCCGUCUUCACGCUCAUGUUGACGCAGAAAAAGUAUGAUGCGGACACGAAAAUGGAGCUGGAAAAGGUUGCCAAGAUUAGUCUGGUCGAUUUGGCUGGUUCCGAGAGAGCCAACUCGACUGGUGCCACUGGUGCACGGUUGAAGGAAGGCGCGGAAAUCAACAGAUCGCUUUCCACGCUUGGUCGUGUCAUUGCUGCGCUGGCAGACUUGUCCACUGGCAAGAAAAAGAAGGGUGCCUCUCAGGUGCCGUAUCGUGACAGUGUACUUACCUGGUUGUUGAAGGACUCCUUGGGUGGAAACAGUAUGACGGCUAUGAUUGCAGCCAUCAGUCCUGCCGACAUCAAUUAUGAUGAGACAAUAAGCACGCUCCGAUAUGCCGAUUCCGCGAAGCGAAUCAAGAACCACGCUGUUGUCAACGAGGAUGCAAAUGCUCGCAUGAUCAGAGAGCUCAAAGAGGAACUGGAUCUUUUGAGGAGCAAGCUUGGCGGAGGAGGAGGUGGUGGCGGUGGUGGUGCAGGUGGUGCCGGCCUCCCCCCUGACGAAAUUUAUGACGAGAGCACCCCCUUGGAGAAACAGAUUGUAAGCAUCACGGCAUCCGAUGGUACGGUCAAGAAGGUUUCAAAGGCAGAGAUUGCGGAGCAAUUGAGCCAAAGCGAGAAGCUGCUUACCGACUUGAACCAAACCUGGGAGGAGAAGUUGGCCAAGACGGAGGAGAUUCACAAGGAGCGUGAGGCUGCCCUGGAGGAACUCGGCAUCAGCAUCGAAAAGGGAUUCAUUGGUCUACACACGCCAAAGAAGAUGCCCCAUCUUGUCAACCUUUCAGACGACCCCCUUCUAGCAGAGUGUCUGGUCUAUAACCUCAAGCCCGGUACUACCACCGUAGGCAACGUCGACACAAACGCAGAAAAUCAAGCCAAUAUCAGACUAAACGGCACAAGAAUAUUGCACGAUCAUUGUACUUUUGAGAAUGCUGAUGGAGUCGUUACCGUCAUACCUAGAGAAGGAGCUUCAGUCAUGGUCAACGGCAAGCGAAUCACCGAGCCAAAGCAGCUCCAUUCGGGCUUCCGAGUCAUCCUCGGAGACUUUCACAUCUUUCGAUUCAACCAUCCCAUGGAGGCCAGGGCAGAAAGAGCCGAGGGCGAGGGCGCCGCAAGACAAAGCCUUCUGCGACAAUCUAUCACUGCCAGCCAGCUACAAGCCCUCACCCCGGCCCCCCAGACUCCUCGAACUCCUGGACAUGAAAGGUCAUUUAGUAGGGUCUCAGUCUCAGUCUCAGAGAGUGGGGAGCUGUCUCGGCCGGAUUCGCCAGCCUUUUUCGGGCGAAACGGCAAGGAUUCUGAUUGGUCUCUCGCUCGAAGAGAGGCUGCUGGUGCUAUUCUCGGGACUGACCAUAACUUCGCCAGUCUGACGGAUGAAGAGCUAAAUUCAUUGUUUGAAGAGGUCCAAAGGGCCAGAGCAGAGCGUGUGAAUGGGCGUGAUGACGGGGAUGAUUCAGAGUCGGCUACGUCGUAUCCAAUCAGGGAAAAGUACAUGUCGACAGGCACUAUUGACAACUUCUCUCUCGAUACGGCCCUGACGAUGCCCUCGACGCCGAGGCAAGAAGAUGAUCGGUUUAGAGAGGUUCGAGAAGAACUCUACUCUCAGUUCGAGAGGCAAAAGGAGGAAUUCCGGGGCCAACUCAGGGGUGCCGAGGCUUCUGACAUGGAAGUCGAAGAGAUCAGGCAAGAAAAAGCCCGCAUGGCUCACGCCCUUAGAGAACUCAAAGAGGAUAUGGAGAAGCAACUCAGCCUUCAGCGCAAGCAGUUUGAGGAGAAGAUCGAGAAGAUGGACCCCUUGAAGCGCCCAAAGGCAAGCCCUCGGCUGUCUGACUUUGAGAUUGAGAUUGCAAAGAGGACGGUCAAGGCAUGGCGUAGCCGCCACUUUGUCAAGAUGGCCGAGACUGUGCUCCAGAACGCAUCCAUCCUGAAAGAGGCGCAAAUUAUGAGCAACGAGCUCGACGAGAACGUUGUUUUCCAGUUCACCACGGUCGAUCAGGGACACGUGCUGUGUUCUUCUUACGACAUGGUCCUCAACGGCUUAACAAGUGAAGGAGAUGAUGUGGCGCUGGAGGAGGCCUAUAAGCCUUGCAUCGGUGUCCGCGUAAUUGACUACAAGAAUAACGUAGUUCGCCUAUGGAGUCUUGAGAAGCUGUAUGACCGGGUGCGUGUGAUGCGCCAGAUGCACCAGUACCUCGAUCAGCCCGAGUAUGCCCAACAUCUGAGCCUAGAUAACCCGUUUGUGGAGACAAACAUGCCCUCUUACACUCUAGUUGGCGAGGUGGACAUUCCCCUUAGAGCUGUUUUUGAGAGCCGUGUUCAGGAUUUUGCGCUCGACGUCCUUUCCCCCUAUACCUCUCACGAGGUUGGCAUGCUUAAAUUGUCUCUGGAACCGUCCCACGCCCGUGCACCUACCAACACAAUCAAGUUCAACAUCGUUAUGCACGAAAUGGUUGGUUUCGCGGAGCGAGAGGGCACGGACGUUCACGCCCAGCUGUUCAUCCCCGGCAUCUCGGAGGAGGACGGUAUCACGACGACGCAAAUGAUUAAGGACUUUGACGAAGGACCAAUUCGUUUCGAGAGUGUUCAUAGCAUGAGCGUACCCUUGUUUGCAACUCCAGAGGUUACCCUGAGAGCAGCCAUCUUUGCCAAGGUUUCGACAAUGCACCUUGAUAAGCUCCUUAGCUGGGACGACAUGAGAGAUGCAUGCCCCGCUGCAGACGGUGCAAAGGCAGCUCGCAUCAACGAGUCACAGUUUUACACUCAGGAAAAGCACGAUUUGCUUUCUCGAAUCCAAAUUAUGGAGCUCAACGAGCACGGAGAGUAUGCGGCCGUCGAAGUGACGCAGUCUAGCGAGCUUGACAGUGGAACAUUUCAACUCCACCAGGGAUUGCAGAGGCGUAUCAGCAUUGACAUUUCGCAUAGCUCGGGAGAUAUUCUGCCCUGGGGAGAUGUUACUGCCGUCCGCGUUGGUAAGAUUCGAACCGUCGACACAGCUGGCAAAUCUCCCGACAUGGUCACCGACCGGGACAUCUCCCUCAAGAUUGCGGGAAAUCCAGUUUUCCGCGAGAAUCCCAACGGCACGCGCAACAUCGUGGUGCAAGCCCAAUGGGACUCCAGCUUGCACAAUUCACUUCUCCUUGACCGUGUUACGCCCGAAAAGUUCCGCGUGCAGAUGACUGUCACUUGGGAUAUUUCGUCUGAGAAACUCGCAGAGCCCAUGAGGUUCUCCCAAAAGGUGAAUCUGCAAGUGAUGUCUCGCACCUUUGUCCGGCAGAGCAACAUGUUCUCGUCGCUGUUCCAGAACAUGCGGUUUGUACGCUCCUCGACCGGAAUCUUCACCUUGACCAUGAAGCCUGCCCCGAUCAAGAGAGUAGGUGACCUGUGGAGAAUGAGCAGCCAGCACGACUACGUCAAGGGCGAGGAAAAUCUCCAUAGCUGGACUCCCCGAGGCGUGUCUCUGGUCAGCGAUUUCCUCCAUGCAAAGAAGAAGAGACGGCGCAACGCUGAACUUGGUGCCAUAAGCAGCAUGCUUGCUCAGUAUGGCAUCGAUCCCAUGGUCGCUGGGACAGCGGGAGAAGAGCGUGGGACUGGACGUGAAGCAUCGCCAGAUAUGCAAGCAAUCAUUCCAAAUGACGAUGAUUUACUCAAUGACACACCUGUAACAUCUCCGGCCCCAUCAAUCCAUGAAGAGGAACUGGCGUCAGAUGAGCCUACUCCCGACGAAGACGCUGCGAAAGAUGAUGACCAACAGCUGCCACAGGAAGACAACCCUGAGCCUCUUACUCCCCCGCCGUCUGAAUACAACACGCGGGAAACUGACUUGUUGGAGCUAUGCUUGAAGCUGUGGAAGAAAUAUCCGGACCCCUUUGUGAAGCUCUUGAGCCCUGAAAACACGCAGCCCCCAGAAAAUGGAGUCACCACGGAGCCAGCACCUCCCAGUCUCAUUACCACCAUUGUGCGCGUGCCCAAGAAUCCCAAGGUGCUAAAAGGUGGAUACUUAUUGGUUCCAAACAACGAGUCUACACGAUGGGUCAAGAGAUUUGUCGAGCUGAGAAGGCCAUAUCUUCACGUGUACUCUGCCUCAGAUGGUGAUGAAGUGGGCCUUGUAAGUCUGCGUAAUUCACGCAUAGACAGCCAGCCCGGUGUCCUCGGACUACUGCACGGACCCGACGACUACGACUCUCCGCCGCGAACCUCCAACUCGCCAGAGUUUACGCCCGGCCACCGACGGACGGCUUCGGGACGGGUAAUUUCGACUAUCUGGACUGCUGCCAGUGGCGGGGGGGCGUCUGCCGGAGGACCAGGGCUGCAGAGACUUAGCGAGCGGAUGCAAGCAGCCGUGUUUGCGAUUUAUGGGACGGACAACACAUGGCUGUUUGCGGCUCGCAGCGAGCGCGACAAGCAGGAUUGGAUCUUUAGGAUUGACCAGACGUUCAACUCCAACGGCGAGAACACGCCUGUCAGCGGCAUCAUGAGCCCCGGCCAAAACAGCGACUAUUAA